UUACAUUGUUUCCUUCUACUUGUUCAGCUUCGCGCUCAACAUGUGCACCAUCCGACGAGUCGCAGCUGGCAGUACAGAUCUUUCGUCUCAUCGCAGCAAGGCCAGCAAGGCGCAAAAGUGUGAGCCGUUUCUUGAUGUCACACGAUCAAUGUUCAUGAACUAGAGGUUUAUACUUCUAUUCGUUGUUAGCCGCACUGAAAACCCGAGCCCGACCAAGAUCCUGAUCGCUUAUAUAUUUUGCGAAUUGAAAGAAAACAACAGUCCCGACGUCAGUAUAGGUUUUUGUGCUCCGGUGUCAGAGGCAUUUUCGUCGCUCGAGCAGGCAGACUCACUUUCAUUUCCCUGUGUUGUUUCCCCACAAGAAGUUUAGAACUUCUCCUUUGCCAGUACUGUGUAGUCUCGUUUAGUAGUAGUUGUGAACAAGCUUAUGUGCCAGUUGUACCAAGAACGGUCUAGUUGAAGAGUUUGAAUUACAACACCCAACUAAGUAGUACCGUCUUCCAAUAUGUCUUCGUCCCAGUACGGGAGUUUUUUUUCCUUCGCCCAACCCCCCGGAGUUGGAGCCCCGCCGGCACCCGGUGGCGCUGCUAACCAGCAACAGCAAGCAAACCAAGCACGACCUCCGAGCGCGAAGAAGGCACGAAGGACCUCUUCCCCCGGAAGCCGAAGCAAGGAUGUGGUUAUGGGCGGCACGACAACACUGGGUGGUGGAACGACAACUACAGCCGGCCCAGCAGCGGGCAAUAAAAUGUCCAUUACCGGCCUUCCCAAUUAUCCCCCAGCAGGCUCCAACAUGUUGAACCGUGCGUCCACCGCCACCAGCGGGUUUCCGACUGCUGCAACGGGGUUCGAAAAGACGAAAAACCGCCAGUGGACGGAAAAGUAUCGGCCGAAGAACUUGAACCAGAUCGCCGCGCAGAAGGACGCCGUGGACCUCUUGCGCGCGUGUUGCAAGGACCAGGAGUUCCCCUCUUUCCUCUUCCACGGGCCCCCGGGCGUCGGGAAAACCACCGCGGCGCUGGCGUUUUGUCGGGAACUGUUCGGAGCAGAUUUCGAUAAACGCGUGUUGGAAAUGAACGCGAGUGACGUAUUGAGAGGAAAAAUCCCCCCUCCCCAUAUCGAGCAGGUAUGUUUCCGAAAACUUGUCUUGCUGAUUUGAGACCACAAAUCACGCCCGUCUUGCAAGGAGCCAAUUGCAGAGGCUUCCGCGCCACUAUGGAAGCGACUUGGCAUGCGGUUGGGCCUAGGGGACAGCUGUUUGUAAUGCUAAACAACUAGACCCAGUCGCCCCUCCCUAGGCCGAGGAUCUGGCUGCGAUGCCGUAUUGCAAGACAGCGCGCAUCUGUGUACGAAAAUCCAGCAUCACAAACCUCGUCUCGAUAUGGGGAGGGGGGUUUUUCCUUCUGAUAUGACGAGCGCGGGAUCGAGGCCGUGCGGAGCCGGGUGAAAACGUUUUCGCAGAUCUCCUAUGGAUUGUAAAAAUGUCUGGGUCUGGAAACUUGUGAUGCUGUUAGUUUGUGCAUGACACAGGAGGUCUAGCAUGCAAGUCCUAGCAACACAGUUUUUGAGCAGGUUAGGCGAUGCCGAAUCCGCAUGACAAGUUCCCUCUUUUGGUAGCAAGAAGUGAGCAGCUUUUGCGGUCCAUGCAUGACAGAUUUUUUUCUGUUCUCAUAUACGCAUUAGAAGUUUACAUGUUUCCAGUCCCGGACAUUUUUACAUUUGAUAUCUCCUGUGGCGUAAGUGCGAGGCCGAACGAGAAGGGUGCUGGUGGAGGUGGGAAAAUGAACAUCAAAGUAUACGAUCUUUUUAGGUACUGAUGUAGGCGAUGAUGUUAAUGUGUCGCGUGCUGUUGGAUCCAGAUGAUGAAGAGGACGUAGACCAAUCAUGAACAACUGGUUGCAAGAUUUUUUUCCAUAUGCUUUCGCCACACCAACCUCAAGGUGAUCAUCCUCGACGAGGCAGACCAGAUGACGAAGGAAGCCCAGGGGGCCCUCCGGCGGAUCAUGGAGCAGUACGUGAAAUCGACUCGGUUUAUCAUCCUGUGCAACUAUGUCUCCCGUAUUAUCGAUCCGAUCCACAGCCGGUGCAUGAAGUUCGAGUUCAAAGCCUUGCCGGACAACGACCAUUUAACCCAGCUUCAAAAAAUCGCUAUCCUGUGCAAAAGUAUCGUACUCGUAUUGCAAUUAUGCAUUACAAAUGGCAAAUCAGCAUUACACAUGCUGAGGAAAUUUGUCAUGCAUUUAUACGAAUACGAUACUUUUCCACAGGAUAAUCGCGACCGCGGAGCAACUGACCGUCGCGCCGAACGACUUGUCGGUUUUACUAACGCUUUCCGGCGGCGACCUUCGGCGGAGCACGACGUUACUGCAGAUGGCGGCUGCGGUGGAUGGACAGGAGAAUAACAACACGCUGACAGCCGAUCAUUUCUACAAACUGUACCAGCGUGUCCCGCCGGAAAUUUUGCGGAAGUUGCUUCAUGAAGUGUGCUACAUUAAGGAACACCCAAGAGGUUUGAUCGAGGUGAAUAGUUUCGUCGAGCGCCAUCUGAUCCGCGAAGGGCAUUCGUUUGCCAAGGUGAUGGACGAUUUGUUUGAUUAUGUGAGGCAGCGAGGGGCCUACGCGGCGCUGAAACUGGAUCCGAAUUUUCCGGAAAUCUCGGCGAUGCGGGUUGCAUACAUCUCCAGGUUGAUCGCGGAGUGCAGUUAUGCAUUGCAAAAGUAGCAUCGCCAUCGCCCACUAAGAAGAAAGAUUGCAUCUGCAUCACAAAUAUGUUGUUCAGUCGCUUAGUACGAAUUUCCAGCUGGAAAUCGAAAGUCGCGCACGUUUUGGGCCGUGUGGGGGAGCGAAGUGUCUUGUUCCCGACCUGACUCAGCAACAGCAGCGCGCAUGACUGCAAUUACCUUCUAAUAUACGAGUGCGAUAUAAUGACUUUUGCAAGCCAUAACAGUGAGAAAGUGACGAUUUACCGUAGUAGUGAGUCCGUGCAAAUGCGGUACUUAUUCCAGCAAAUCCGGAUGACGUUGACCCACCCGUCCGACCCGUCGGUGCCGAAGCCUUUUCCGGAAGAGCUGGUGAAGUUGACGCAGAUAGCGGGUGGCGCAUAACAUCAGGAGCGGCCCUGUGAAAGGAUCGUACGAUGAACAAAGCGUCAACCACUUACAAACAACUUCACAUCAGAGUACGCGUUCUGUCAUAUAGACACGACGGCACUUAGCGACCUUCCAAUAACAUCCACAAGACGACGGUGCCCUACUUGCCUAAGGCAGAGAACACUCGAAAUGGAUGCACAGUAACGUAGCUGUGUUCAUCAUCUGUGCGAGAUAUUCGGUGACUCUGUACUAGUGGUCGACAUCAGGAUCAUGAUAUGCUUCAACUAUGAUUUCGGUUAAUGCAGUUGCAGCUCGGCAUACGUGAGCAUUUUUGGAGAGUGGUAGGGUAGAUGAAGAGUUCAUCACGGUAACAAGGCAUAACCAUGCG